UCUAGGCUACAAUGUCAAGCAUUCACAAACAACCACCACAACACAGGAGCAGAGGAAAGCCAUCCUCCCAGCUCCACUCAACACCUCCAAAAAGAAGGCUACCGCUAGCUGAGAGAAGAGAAAAGCCAAUUCAGAGGUGAGAGCAAUAAGGAGGAGAAAGAAGAACAAGAAGAGCAAAAGAUAAGAACCACCAUCAUAUCAUCUCCACCAUCUCACUCACCCACCUACCCACCCACCCACUAGAGAAGCUUCUCUUUUUCCAUAAGAAUUCAGGAAGGUAUAAGUCAUUAGACAGGGAACAUAGACAAGAUCUUUGGAUGGAUUCCUUCAAGGGGAGAUCUGGAUUCUGUUACAGUCAUGGAGGGGAAGCCAUGGAGGGUGGCGGCGCCGCCUUCUUGGGCCUCCUGGACAUUUACGUUCAUCAUGCUCGCGAUAUCCACAACAUCUGCAUCUACGCCAACCAGGACGUCUACGCCAAAUUCUCCCUCACAUGCAACCCCGACGAGGCGCUGUCCACCCGGAUCGUCGCCGGCGGUGGCAAGAACCCGCAGUUCGACGAGCACCUCAAGCUCAAGAUCCCACAACCCGAUGCUGUCCUCAAAUGCGAGAUUUGGAUGCUCAGCAGGGCCAAGAAUUUCCUGGAGGACCAGCUCCUGGGAUUCACCCUGGUGCCGCUCUCCUCGGUGGCGACGGCGAAGGGGAAGUUGACCCAAGACUUCACCCUCUCCUCUACCGAUCUCUUCCACUCUCCCGCGGGGACCGUUAAGCUCACCCUGUCCUUCGACAGCUCAGGUGCCCCUGAUAAGGCCUUUGUCGACUCCAACACACUUAAUUCAUCCAUUAGCUCGGAGGUUGUCUUGCUGGAUCCUGCUGAUUAUGGAAGAAUUGAGUUUCCUGACAUCAAUGUUGUGAAGGAGAAUCAGAAGAUGGUUUCGGAGUACUUCGUAAUGGCGGCACGCAGGGCUCCUUCGAAGGCCAUCGGGCCGGUGGAGCCUGCUGCACCAUUCCUGCAUCUAGGAGCUUCCCCUCAGUCUGCGGAGGACUAUGACAUGACUGUGAAUUCGAGUGAGGAGAACAAUGGUGGAUCGGAUUCUCCUGAUGGUAGUAGUAUUCAGAAUUCGGGAAUUUUCAGCAAUUCUACCAUGACUAGCCUCAGUGAUGACAGGAAUUCUGCUGACUCCUCGGAUAAAAAGAUUCGGGUGACUUCGAACAAUUCAGCUUUGGAGACUAAUCACAGCUCUGGGACUUCGCCGGAUACUCCCACUUCACACAGCGGUGGUGGUGGUAGAGUAGAGAGGAAGGAGUCCAAGACAUCGAAUAAGGAAGAGGCAGAAGGUGGUGCAAAAGAAAACAAUGUGCACAGCAAUGUGGAAAUGGGAUCUGUUUUUAAGUCUCCAUUGGGAAACAUCAACCUCGAGGCCGAGCAGACUGCGAUGCAGCAGCAAAUUGUGGACAUGUACAUGAAGAGCAUGCAGCAAUUUACCGAAUCCUUGGCGAAGAUGAAGCUGCCGAUGGAUCUCGACAACCCGGGAUCGAAGGAUGGAGGGGAUGUUAUCCAGAGCCAGAAUGACAAGUCUGAUCCACAGAAGCAAAAAGAUAAGUCCAGAGUGUUUUAUGGUAGCAGAGCCUUUUUCUGACCAGCUAAUACACAGUAUCUGCUUCAAAACAGUGUUAGCUGCAUGAGAGAGUAAUUGACAAGAACUUGGUUUUACUUGCUGUUUGUGCGUGUGUAUGUCUAGAUGGAUGUCCGUUGUGUCUGUUAACUCUUUGAUUUUCUCCUAUAUUACAUCUCUGAUUUGCUCUUUUAUUGCGGUGGAGACACAAACAUAACUAAGUGUUGAUGUAAUUAACUUCUUAGGGGGUCUUCAACCUUAUUUGUCUACUAAUAAACUGCUGUGAAAGUAUAACCAUUUGUGCCA